AUGUCAACUAUAAGACCCUAUCAGAUCAACAUACCGGACUCCAAGCUUGAGCGGCUCAAGCAGAAGCUGGCACUGGCGGACUUUCCUGCGGAUAACAAUCAGUCUUGGGAGCAAGGAGCACCAGUUGGUGAUGUCAAAAGAUUGGCGAAAACAUGGCAGACAACCUUUGACUGGCGCGCUGUUGAGUACAGUCUCAACAAGCUGCCCCAUUACAUUGCAUCUCUCAAUGUUGGAAAUUUUGGAGCCCUGGACGUGCAUUUCAUCCACAAGAGAAGUACUCGCGUAGACGCCAUCCCUCUCCUGUUUCUCCACGGUUGGCCGGGGAGCUUCAUUGAAGUGACCAGAAUCCUCGAUCCUCUGGUCUACGAAAAUAGUAGCCCCAGCUUUCAUGUUAUUGCACCGAGUCUGAUUGAUUUCGGGUUCUCUUCGGCGAGUAAACCCGGUUUCAAAGUUGAAGAUCACGCAAAGCUCUACGACAGACUAAUGAAUGAACUCGGAUAUGAGAAAUAUGGUAUGGGUUUUUCGAAAGUGGAUGUAGGCACCGCAAAUCUAAUGAGUCACAGCUAUCCAAGCCGGCGACGUUGGAAGCAUUAUUGCGCGUUAAAUGGCAACAUCAUUCGGCAACUCUCGCUGCAUGGCUCUUCACACCAACACGCCUCUGCCCAGCGAGCCAAGGGAAGAUACCCACCCGGAUUUGUACAAUCAGUUACGAGAAAAUCCCCUCACCGAAGCCGAGCUAAAAGCGCUCGUACGUGCAGGCGAGGUUUCAAAGGUCGGCAUGGGAUACUACAAUAUCCAGUCAACAAAACCAACGACAAUCGGAUUUUCUCUCCGUGA